CGCUAUCUCUUUUUGCCGCUUUGGGGUUUUUAAUUUAGUUUCUGUCUGUAAUCAAAAGUAAAAGCACUGGCCAAGAACAAAUGACAGCUUGAGCCAGUGACCGGUGUCACCGCGCCACCGCAGCCGGGGAGUCUAGCGGGAGGCGGGCUCUGAACUACGGCUCCCAGCAGCCCGUGCCGGCCGAGUGGAGGAAGUGCUCACGAUGAUUCCUUCUGGACUUUGAGCCGAGAUUUUAAUCCCGAGAAGGGACAGGUUGCUGAGGCUCGUGUCUCCCGAAGUUCAGGCGGUCGGCGCCUCGCCCCAGGCAGGGCCGCAGCUCUCCGUCCGGCCAGCCGGGAUGGCGGCGCGUCUGUCUGUCCUGCCUUCCCUCCGGUGCCUGUUCGAUGAGCCCGUGCAGAUCCGUGUGGCCGGACUGCAGCCGCAGCAGGCGGUCACCCUCCGGGCCAGCCUGCUGGACGAGAGCGGGGAGCUUUUCCAAUCCCACGCUCUCUACAGGGCUGGGAGCAGCGGGGAGCUGGACCUCAGCCGCUCCCCAGCGCUGGGGGGCAGCUAUUUGGGAGUGGAGCCCAUGGGGCUGCUCUGGGCUCUGCAGUCCAAAACGCCCUAUAAGCGGCUGGCAAAGAGGAACGUCCUGACCCCUUUCUCUGUGGACUUGGAAGUGUAUGAGGGCCACGGGGACGACACGAGCCGCUUGCUGGGAAAAUGCACCAAUGAACGAUGGUUUUUAGGAGAGGGAGUGAAGAGGAUUCCGGUCAGAGAAGGUCGUCUCAGAGCAACCCUCUUCCUCCCUCCUGGACCUGGCCCAUUCCCUGGACUUAUUGAUUUGUAUGGAUCUGGAGGAGGUCUUAUUGAAUACAGAGCAAGUCUCCUGGCUAGCAGAGGCUUUGUGACUCUGGCCCUUGCUUACAUGUCCUUUGAAGACAUCCCUGCUAUGCCAGAGACCCUUGAACUAAGCUAUUUUGAGGAGGCUGUGAACUUUUUGCGUAAGCAGCAGCAGGUGAAAGAUACUGGCAUUGGCGUUUUGGGCUUGUCUAAAGGAGGUGAUCUAGCCCUUUCCAUGGCCACAUUUCUACCUGGCAUCAAGGCAGCUGUCAGCAUAUCUGGAAGUAGUUUUAAUUCCUUUAUUCCCCUGGAGGGGGAUGGCUUCACUAUUCCUGUCCACCCAUAUGACUUGGGGAGGGUGAAGAUCAGUGAUGAGUCUGGAAUAGUAGAUUUUUCAGAUGUCUUAGACGAUCACAUGGACCCAGCAACUUGGGAUUGUCGCAUUCCUGUGGAGAGGUCCUUGGCCAAGUUCCUCUUCCUGUGUGGACUGGAUGACAUGAACUGGAAAAGUGACCUCUAUUGCCAGGAUGCUGUUCAGCGCCUUCAGCAGCAUGGCCGGCAAGUGGAGUUCUACUCCUAUGCUGGAGCAGGGCACCUCCUGGAGCCGCCAUACUUGCCUCUGUGCAAAGUUUCAAUCCACAGGGUGCUUGGGAUGUUGGUGCAUUGGGGAGGGCAGUGGAGAGAGCAUGCUAAAGCCCAAGAAGAUGCAUGGCGCAGGAUACAGGCCUUUUUCUGGCAACAUUUGAUGGACUCAGACAUCCCUAAGAGCAAGCUGUAGUGGAAACUGUCAGAUUCUGGCCAGGGAUGUUAUUUCAGCACUCACUGGAUCUUGGAAACCCACCAGAAGUUUCCUGGACUCCCUUCCUCUAAACCCCACUGUUGCAUAGUUGUUUAUUUUCAUUCCCCAAAUAAUUUCCCAUUUUUUAGUUGAAUUUCAGUUGACUUCUGACCCCAGCUUCACAGUAGAUUGGCACAUCUGUGCUGUAGUCUAAAAACAACCCAGCAUCCCAUCAUCUAAAUCACAUUUGUGCUGAGCUAUCUUUGCCCUCAAUCUGACACCAUCUCCUUUCAUAAGACGAAAUACUCUCACAGGAGGAGCUAUCCAUUGAAUGAUUUAGUCUUGCACCUUUAACUAACAUAGAUAAAACAGCAAUUUUGUUGGACAGCACUGUAGUGCACUCAUCCUUCCUCCUGGUAUAUUGUUUUCUCCCAUUUCAUAGUAAAAAGGUUGCCGUAGUUCUGAUCUCAGCUAAGGGAAGAGGCACUCUUCUGGCUUAAUUGGAAGUGCAGUGAUAACAUUUUUUUUCUGGUUCUUCAAAACCCAGAAGUGAAUCUUACCCAGGUUACCCUGGGUAUAUCUCCUGCUGACUCCAUAUAAGUUCCAUCUGUGUGUGCACAGUUUGCUUGAGAUUAUCUGAACGAAGCCUUCAACCAUCUGUGCACCUGCCAAUACAUUAAGGAACAAUCCUGGUGUGGCCACAAGCUGUUCCUUCACUCAGUUGAGGAGGUCAUGAGCAGAAGUCCUCACCUCCUAUUGGGAAGACAAGCGGUGGAGUCUGUGGUUUUGCACAGUGUCCCACAUGGGGGUGAUACAGAUGUGCUAAGUGCUUGCUCUCAUAUGGUGAAAGUUAGUUUGUCUCCAUUUUGGGUUGAAAAGUAAAGUCACUGCUGCUGAGUUCCCAGGAGCCCAGUGAGGCGGGCUGCCUCUGAGUUGCCCGGACUAUAGCAAACAGCUGUGGGCUCAGUGAUAGCUAAGAAAUGCCACUCUUCAAGAGAGUACUGACCUCACCAUCUGGGAAGAAUGGGCAUUUUCUGACCCUUUACCAGUGUCCAAACCUGCCAAGGGGGGGCUGUAAUCCGCCUUGUGCUUUUGUGGGAUAGUGGCUAACAGCAGCUACAUAUCAAAUGGCACCAGUGGAGCAGAUUCUCCCUCCUGGAGCAGUGAAGACUCACACCCUGGCAGCAGAAGCAAGCAGGAGCUGGAAGUCUCUGCAUGGCACUGAGGUAGAGAAAUCUUGCCUUUGGCAGUGUAGUCCCUGGUUUCCAGUUCCUGCUGAGACGAAAGCCCUGUAGGAGCCUGGAUCCUGCUGACGCAGGAAUCCUUCCUGCUGAAGGAUUCAACUAAGGCUGAAUCAUGCCCUUAGUUUUCUUGCUUCAGGGAGGCAAUGGUCACUCAAAAUGAGCACAUUGGACCUCAGAGGGGUGGGGACUCUCUCAUACAAUAUAUUCAGCACAGACUGUCCCUUCAGGUACUUCUGGUUUUCCUGAGCCCCCUGUUCCUCAGACUGGUAGAUGGGUACCGCCUACCUGAAGGUGUGAGUAGUUAGUUUGGGGACAUCUCUCUCCUGCUCACCCAUACUGGUCAUCCAUCAAGUUUUAUGCUGUUGCCUCUUACUUGAUUUCUGUUUGUCUCUUGUGUGCCUAUGUCCUGCAUGGACUGUGAUUGUUACAGGUGUUUAGUGACUGAGUGGGGCCUGGCUGCAGAGUAACAUAUAACAGCAAGGAAAGUCAAACACAUUUAAGCAGUUGCAUCUGAGUAAGACACAUUUUCUUUUCCCUAAUUUUUCUGUUUUAUUGAAGCAUUCAGAAAACCCUGGGCUGCUGAUCCACAUUUUCCUCAGACUCAGGGCUUUAGGCUGCGAGUUUCUCUGUGGUAUGAGUAAUUCAGUUCUCUUAUUUUUACUGAAUACAGUGGGGUUUAUACAAAGCAGUGUGUUGGUUUCUAGCCUGUGGGAUAACUCACAUUUAUUUUAAUCCCUUCUGAGGGGAAGCGAAGCUUUCCCAGCCUUCAAUGAGCAGUUUACACAUCUAUACUUUGAUUUACAAAAUUGUGACCUUCCAAGAAAAUACAUUAUCUAUAGGAAACUACCAUUACAAAUAAAAAUGCUUUCCAUCAGUAAAUCAA